AUGGUACCUAGAGCCUGUUCUGGGGAGGAUGCCAACCCCUGCCUUUCUCCUUCGGUCUCUGUUCUUAAGGAAGCCUCUGCUAUGUCCUACUAUGUUGGAACCUUGGGGACUCACACUGAGAUCAAGAGAGUGGCAGAGGAAAGGGUCACCUUGCCCUGUCACCAUCAACUGGGGCUUCCGGAAAAAGACACGCUGGAUAUCGAAUGGCUGCUCACCGACAACGAAGGGAACCAAAAAGUGGUGAUCACUUACUCCAGUCAUCAUGUCUACAGUAACUUGACUGAGGAACAGAAGGGCCGAGUGGCCUUUGCUUCCAAUUUCCUGGCAGGAGAUGCUUCCCUACAGAUUGAGCCUCUGAAGCCCAGUGAUGAGGGCCGGUACACCUGCAAGGUGAAGAAUUCAGGGCGCUAUGUGUGGAGCCACGUCACCUUAAAAGUCUUAGUGAGACCAUCAAAGCCCAAGUGUGAGUUGGAAGGAGAGCUGACGGAAGGAAGUGACCUGACUCUGCAGUGUGAGUCAGCCUCUGGCACAAAGCCCAUCGUGUAUGACUGGCAGCGAGUUCGGGAGAAGGAGGGAGAGGAUGAGCAUCUCCCUCCCAGGUCCAGGAUUGACUACAAUAACCCUGGACGCGUUCUGCUGCAGAAUCUCACCAUGUCCUCCUCUGGGCUCUACCAGUGCACAGCAGGCAACGAGGCCGGGAAGGAAAGCUGUGUGGUGCGAGUGACUGUACAGCAUGUACAAAGCAUCGGCAUGAUUGCAGGAGCGGUGACAGGCAUGGUGGCUGGAGCCCUGCUGACAUUCCUCCUGGUAUGGCUGCUAAUCCGAAGGAAAGACAAAGAGAGAUAUGAGGAAGAAGAGAGACCUAAUGAAAUUCGAGAAGACGCGGAAGCCCCGAAAGCCCGCCUGGUGAAACCUAGCUCCUCUUCCUCAGGCUCUCGAAGCUCACGCUCUGGUUCUUCCUCCACUCGCUCCACAGCAAAUAGUGCCUCACGCAGCCAGCGGACGCUGUCGACAGAAGCAGCACCCCAGCCGGGGCUGGCCACCCAUGCAUACAGCCUGGUGGGGCCAGCGGGGAGAGGUUCUGAACCAAAGAAAGUCUACCAUGCUACCCUGACCAAAGGAACCACACCCGGCAUGAUCCCCAGCCAGAGCAGAGCCUUGCAAACCGUCUGA